GCGCCUGCUCUGCGAUCUCACGAAGUAGUUCCGGUGGGGUCCUGGAAUCCAGGCGCGCGGGUCUAGCUGCGUUGUGUGAAUGUGAUGGAGCCUUUAACGGGCGAGGGUAAGCCGUUAGCGGCGGAUAAAGACGGUGAGAAUGAACCUACAAUAACCAAAGACCCUUUAUUAAAACAAGAUAUGGGUGCCUUAAAUGAAGAACAAGCAACUGAUACUGAAGAGCACGCAAAGAGUGAACCAUUAUGCAACAGAGAUGUGGUACGAGAAGUGGAUCUAAUCAAUGUAAAUCCAGUACUAGAUACCCAGGAAAAUCCAUUGGGUCUGGUGGUCGAUGGAAAACACAUUUCCAUACAGAAAGACUUGUCCGAUCUGGAGACAUUAGCUGGCCAGGGUAUAGGUGACAAAAAACAAUGCCCUCUAUGUCCAGAGGAAAGAUUCAGACCCUGCCAAAUCCACAAACUUCUUAAACAUCUGCAAAAUUUUCACUGGAAAGUGUCUGUUGAAUUUGAAGGAUACAGAAUGUGUAUAUGUUGUUUGCCGUGUCUGCAUCGGAAUGCAUCUCAAAGUGGGGGUGAGGUGCCCAGUAAGAUAGUGGUUCAUUAUCACUGUAUCAUCUGCUCUGCAACAGUUGCUAAAAGAAGAUGCGAAAUGUUAAGUCACAUUAAGCGACACAUCAACAAAGGAGAGACAGAAGUUAAAUUAUCUGCUCCCACAUGCAGAAUGCAAGAAAUAUUACAUGAGUCAAACACUGAUGUCCAGGUUCUUCCAAAUUUCAAUACCCCACAUAAGUCGGGAACCUUUUUUAAUCCAAAAAUGAAAAUCAACAGGCAGCUCAUAUUCUGUGCCCUUGCGGUACUUGUGGAAGAGAGAAGUCCAUUGGAAUGCCUGGAUGCAUUUGGAUCCACAGGUGUCAUGGGACUACAAUGGGCAAAGCACCUUGGGACGUCUGUGAAGGUCACAAUUAAUGAUAUCAGUGAACAAUCUGUAGCAAUGAUCCGUGAGAAUUGUGCUCUUAAUAAGAUGAAAGUGUUGGAGAAGAAAGGAGAGGAGGAGUCUGAAUUAUUAGAAGAGGGAGAGGAAUAUGUGCGGAGUGUAGAGGUUACCCAAGUAGAUGCUAAUGUCUUGAUGCAUCUGCGAUCGUUCGAUUUCAUACACCUGGACCCUUUUGGAACAUCUGUGAAUUACCUAGAUGCAGCUUUUCGAAAUGUCAGGAACAUGGGUAUCAUAUCUGUGACCUCAACAGACACCGGAUCUUUAUAUGCAAAGUCUUUACAUGUGGCAAAGCGUCACUAUGGGUGCAAUAUCAUUAGGACCGAAUAUUUCAAAGAGUUGGCUGCUAGAAUUGUUAUAUGUUCAAUUGCCAGAGCAGCAGCUCGUUGUAACAAAGGGAUUGAGGUCCUGCUGUCGGUGGCCUUGGAACAUUUUGUCCUAGUGGUGGUGCGUGUGGUGAGAGGACCCACCCAAGCUGAUGAAAGUAUAAAGAAGAUAAAUAUGCUUAUUCACUGUCAUUGGUGUGAAGAAAGGAUCUUUCAGAAAGAAGGAAAUAUGGUUGAAGAGAAUUCUUAUAAGCAGCUUCCUUGUGACUGCCAUAAAAGUAUGCCAGGAAGAUCUGCUGUUAACCUUGGUCCGAUGUGGUCUGGAUCUCUGUUCAAUACUGGAUUCCUAAGACGAAUGCUGUUUGAGUCUGUGCAGCAUGGAGCUGAAGACAUCCAACCAUUAUUAAAGACCCUAAUCUGUGAAGCUGAAUGUACAACUUUAAAACAAUUCUCCAUUAACUCGAACCCCAGCAGUCAGGAAGAAAGUGGAGUAUUUAUCAAAGUUGAAGAUACAAGAGAAGGUUCUGCAAACCCAGGUAGUAAAAGAAAACUGGAUUUAAAUCAAAUUGCAACUAAACGUUUCAAGAGUGAGACAACCCGCAAUGAGCAUCCUCCAUUUUACUACAGCAUUCACAGACAUACCAUUGGGGGGUUAAACAUACCAAAGUUGAACAGGAUAUUGCAGUAUCUAUCAGAAGCUGGUUUCCUGGUGAGCCGGACACAUUUUGAUCCUACAGGAAUCCGAACAGAUGCACCGUUGGCGACAUUAACCUCCAUUCUUAAGAAAAACAGCACCUUGUCCACUACCUCUCAAUCAAGCAGCCACCAAGAAACAAGCGUCAAACAGGAAAAGACAGACCUGGAAGAGACAGAGUCUGUUACUGAAAAUUCUAAUGCUGUGAAUAAAUGUGAAACAGAAAAAUAAAAUCUUACUUUACCAUG